AGCGUCAAGUGAAAAAGCCUAAUGCAUUGACUUGUUCAUUUGACACAAAGCUGUAGAUAGUACACACAAUGCAUAUAUAAAAAUUUAUAUAUGUAACGUUAUAUGUGAUGAUAAAUGUUUGAAAAAUAUUGUGAACUCUGAUGACUCUGAUUAAGAUAUAGUUUCUGUAUAACGCCUACAAAUUAAACUUUUUUUGGUUUGUGUAGGUUAACUUUAGUUUCAAUUUACUGCUAAUUCAUCACAUAAUCUCUUACUAUCUUCUUCUAAUAAGAAUUUUCCAAUCGAAAAUUUAAGUAAAAAUGCUACUACAAAGAUUAUAUCGUAUUACAAACUGCAACAGAAUUCUUCGAAGAGCUGUUUUAUAUAAAAAUAUUCAUCCAGUACGUAAGUGGGAAAACAAUAUGCACAUUUUUAGAAAGUUAACAAUAAUGUCACCAUUUACUGUAAUGGGAAUAUGGGGAUUUAUAAAAAGCAAUAGUGAUGACAAAACACAAAUUGCAAUAAAAGAACUUCUUGCUAAAGCAGAUACGCUUUUCGAUCAGGGAAACUAUAGAAAUAUAUAUAAUCUUCUCUCAAACUAUAAGGACAGUAAGGAUGUUGAAAUCUUAUGGCGUUUAAGUAGAGCCAUUUAUAAAAUGUCUGAAAUAGCCAGUGAUGUUGAAGCACAAAAGUUAACUUAUGAGGGAUAUGAUUUAUUAUGUAAAGCUCUUGAUAUUCAAGAAGAUCAUUACGCCUUGCAUAAAUGGAUAUCUAUAUUUCUUAAUAAAAAAAGUAUUUUGGAAGGUACAAAGACACAUAUAAAGGAAUCGUAUAAUAUUAAAAAACAUAUGUUGAGAGCGUUAGAGUUAAAUCCUAGUGAUGCAACGUUACUUUAUAUGCUUGGAAGCUGGUGCUAUGAGGUUUCAAAUCUGACAUGGUAUCAACGAAAAAUAGCAUCUGUUGUAUUUGGAGAACCACCAACUUCGACAUUUGAAGAAGCGUUGAUGUAUCACGAGGCUGCUGAAAAAACUGAUCCAAAUUUCUACAGUCAUAAUUUACUAAUGCUAGGAAAAACAUAUUUGAAAUUGAAUCGUACGGAAGACGCGAUAAAAUAUUUUAAAAAAACUGCUGAAUUUCCUGCAAAGAAUGAUGAAGAUCAACAAGCGAAACAAGAAGCACAAAAAAUAUUAAACAGCAUUUCAAAAUAGUAUAUGCAGAGAUAAAUAUUGAACUGCAUUUUUUAAAUGUAAGGAGGAACCAUUUGGAUAUUUUUAACGUUUUUAUUGU